AUGGAUAGUUGGACAGAACUGGAAAGAAUAGAUAGCACGUUGGUGAAGGCUUUACGCAUCCAUUUUCCUUCACCACAACAGGUAGCAACUGCAUUCGAUGAUCUGAGAGGUGCCCGGGCAUUGGUGGAAGAAGCGUUAGCUAACAGUUAUGGAGCUGCAAGACGAGAGGCGAUAGCUGGGGCACUGGUGGAAUGGCAAAACAAUACAAGGAAUCGUUUGAAACGUUUGCGAUUGUCAGACGUCAAGGAACGUUUGGAGCAUGGGAAACAAUCUGAUUCACUUGACAUUGGUAUCACCAUGGCGGAUAGCUAUGAAUCAAUUAUUUCUGGUAGUCCCCUUUUGGGAUUGGCUGCGCUGGAGAGUCAUUUGGCAAAGAGGCCUAAGACUAGUGCCACGGCACGGGCUGAUGCUGAAGAAGUUUCAAAGAAACGAUGGGCGCUGGUUCUGGCUGAAUAUAUCACUGAGGCGAAAUUGCCCGCAGUAGGAACCUUCGACGGAUUGGCGAAUGUCAAUGCCGCUUGGGUACGAGCUUUUGGAGCGCGUCGGUCGAAGACCCUGCGCAAUCGUGCAAAGGCUUGGAAGCGGGUGCGAGAUUGGCUUCUGGUGACAACUGGAUCGCCGUGGCCAGGGAGUGUGGCAGUCAUGUUACAAUAUUUGGAGGAGCGCAAUGAAGUGCAACCAAUGGGUAAGACGGUCCCUACUUCAAUUCAUACGACUCUCUCGCUACUGGAGCUGGUUGGACAAGUGCCGGCAGAGCAUAGACUUUCUGGCGAUAGAUUGUGGCUGGAAUCUGUCAAGUCAUGGACAGCAGACUUGAGCCGAGAUGCAGGUCCGAAGAAGCAGGCAGAUCUGUAUACAGUGGCCAUUGCGUUGAGCUGUGAACUCUUGUUGGGACAUCACGCAGCACCUUUGGGACAGAGAUUUUAUGCUUUCGUUUUAUUGCUGCUGCUCUGGGGCACCAUGCGGUGCGAUGAUUUGCAGAAUGUGGAUCCUUCCUCUAUGGAGCUCUCUCAGUUGGGGCUCAAGUUCAUUUUGCGCCGCGCUAAGACCAGUGGACCAGGUAAACCAGUAGGUGAACUUCAUGGCUUCAUUGCACGUGACGUUAGUUUGAGUGGAGUUGAUUGGCUGCGUGUUGGUAUUGAUUUGUUGGAACAUGAUGAGCUGAAUUUUCAGAGAGAUUUCUUUGCAAUUUCUUUCAGAAAUGAAUGGGAUGAUCCAGAGCGACGGUAUUUAGAACCUGAAGGAUUAGCAACAAUGCUGAGAAAGCUUCUCCUCACGUUGCCGACAGUGGUCAGGCGAGGUGGCAGUCUGGCUCUCAACCCUGGGAUCAUGCUCAUUGCACCUGAGAUGGCGUCAUUUUGGACUGGACACAGUGCUAGGCAUACUUUACCUUCCUGGGCAGCAGCUGCCGGUAUCAGCAAGGAAAGUAGGGAUUACUUGGGCAGGUGGAGCUAUGCAAAACAUGGCUCACAAGAUUAUGUUUUGACUUCAAGGCAAGUAGUCCAUCGUGUUCAGAGAGAGGUUUGUAAAUUCAUUCUUGAAGGCGUACCUGCACCUGGCUUGGUGGAGGAGGAACUCAUGGAGCGCAUGAAGUCUUUUGCUGUUCAGGUGAAUGCAGGACCGGUGACCACGGCACGAAGGCACAAUGUCAUGGUCUGGAGCUUGAACAUGGGGGCAUGGCAUGUUGGUGGCACUUUUCCGCUUUUGCAGAUUGCUCCAGUUGUUGAUGCCAUGGAAGAUGAACCAGAACGGAAGGAACAAGGGACACAGGACGAUGAUGUUCUUCCUGAGGAGGUCAGUCAGGAUCCCUCGAGUUCAGAUAGCACCAGUAGCAGUCAAAUACUGGCCAUGAAUCCCCCAGACGGGGUGAACGAUGCUGCCAUGCGGACUUAUAUCCAUGACAAGGUUGAAGGCGAUUUGGCUUUCAUUUUGCAGGAGAAUGGUGUGCCGUUGGCGUUGCAAUAUAACCUCACACAGGUUUUCACCCAACUCAGACGCUUCAGUGCGAUUGCAGAUUCCAGACAAGGUGUGAGGCAGGCACUUAGAGAUGACCUUCAAGUGGAGGAGAACAGCCUUCAAAAUAGGGCUGCAGUUGCUGGUGUUGUAGCAGCUUGGGAGGCAUCUAAGGAGUAUGCAGCCAAGCAGGCUGAGUUGAAAGCAGAGGCACGUUUGCUUGGAGUGACACGGCCUGUGACCCAGACUGACAGAGCGGCAAUGCGUGCAGCUUACAUAGCAACACAUGGUGAGAUUGAAGAAACCUUUGAACCUUCAGAUGAUUACUUGUCUGCAAAGAUUGAAGAGAUGGAAGCGCAUGAACCGGGCAAAGCGCCGAGAACAGAAGAGUUUCACGGGGGCGGCAACAACGGCCGAGGCUGGAGGAGACCGGAGGGUUCUGGUCGGCAGAAUCCACCACACAAGUGGUACAAGGGCAAUGGAAAGAAAGGUGGAAAGGGCAAGUCGAAGCAGAAGCAGCUGAUGUCUAACUUGCCCAGCUGCCUCCAGCAUGGACAGCAAUGGCCCACCUUUGAUGAAAAUGGCUUUUACAGCGGACCACUGGGAAGAUGUCCGCAUGAAUUUCAUGAACCUUUGUUGGGUUUCAAUGUUCAGUUGCAGAAAUGGAACACAGCAGAUUCAGCAGCGUACCCAGCAGCCAUGUGCCGAGACAUUGCUCUGGAUGUCAUUUCUGCUUUACCACUUUGCAUGGCGUUGCAGGGGGUACAUGCUACAGUGGAACAACCCACUGCACCUUCCACAGUACAGCCCACAGCCACGUUGAUUUCUUGUCCACCACCUGCAGGGCAACAACAACAGCAAGGAGAACGAGUGGAGGAGGUGAGAUCCUCUUCAUCUGAAAACCAAGUUACAGAGCAGCAAGAGACAGAGACCUUUGACAUGAAGACUUCAGCGUGCAUGGGCCAACCUAUUGUGUGCCGCUAUGAACACUGCAAGCGGGAGUUCACAGAUGGGUUUGGACUUUGCUCCCCGGGACGAUGGCUUCCGGGUGCUAGGAAUAAACUUGCAGAUGCUGAGGCCGUGAACCAUGCACUGGAGGUACAGAGGUUAUUACUGGACUUCUUGAAAGAAGAAGUUGGAGACUUGAGGACUGAAGCCUUUCGGCUGGCCCUGGGGCAUCAUCAAUGCUCACCGUUUGACAAAGACAAGCUUCAGGACUUGAGGCGUAAGAUCGCGGCUGUUUUGAGACCUGGCGAAGAGGGCCCCCUUUUGGAAUGCCCGGCAAGGCAACCGUUCUUUCUGCACCUUUUAGCAGAAUCCUUAAAGAAGUUGGGAGACCCGGACUGGGAGAUUCUGGUACAGGGGGAGGAGUGCUUUGCGAAAGGCGUUCCAGUUGGGAUGGAACAAGAACUUCCUAGGACACCUCAAGUUUUCAGGAAGCGAGAAAAGUUUCGGCAGCUUGACAUCACAGAGUUCCAACCGGAUAUGAAAAACUACUCUACUGCAGAGAUGUCUUCGGAGCAACUGGAAGACCACUUCCGGAAGGAUGAGCAGAUGGGGCGCAUGAUCCCAACUACACUGGCCGAAGCGAAGCAGGAGUUUGGCGAAGGAGCUGUCUUGGUGGCGGCUAUGGGAGCGAUACAGAAGCCCGACAACACUAUACGACCAUUGCAUGAUGGUACACAUGGCAUAAACUUGAAUAACAAAAUUCGAAUUUUGGAUAGACUGGAGGUGCCCGGCCCUGAGGAGGUCAUUGAACUGGUUGCAAUGGCGGCCGAGUCGAAGGAGUCGGCAUUUUGCCUCUCAGCAGACAUUGCCCAGGCACACAGGUGCGUACUGGUCCGGAAGAAGGACUGGGGCAGACUGGCCUGCAGAGCCAGCACUGACUCUCGAACAUUGUGGCUCAACUGUGUGGGAACGUUUGGAGUCUCAAGUGCUGCAUACUGGUGGACGCGUUUGUUUGGUUGUGUGGGGCGCUGGGUUCUUAGGAUUUUGGACAGACGCUGGUCGAUGCAAUUGGCAUAUGUGGACGAUGUGCACAUUUUGUGUUUGGGUCCGGAGAAGUUUACAACAUUAUGGUUGAGCAUUUUGGCAUAUGAGCGCGCCGACUGGGUCAUUCAGUGGAUCAAUGGCGUGGAACAGCAGGGCUGGAUGGUGCUGGGUCGGUCCUUUGUGGAGUUUACCGGCCGCAUGUCUUUCGUGGCUAGGGUUGUCACAUGGCUCAAGCCUUUCCUUGCACCUUUGUUUUCUUGGUCGGCAGUUUUGGCACGAGGGACAGUGACUCGUGUUCCGGCAAUGGUUUUCAUCACACUGAGAUUCUUGCGCGAGCAGCUACAGGUCCAUGGACACUGGGUGAAUGCAACGGCCCCGUGGACGGCCCCGAGGGAAUCCUUCAGGACUGACGCAAAGUGCGAGAAAGGAAGGAUCGUAUUGGCUGGCUGGUGCACAAGCGCUGGCGUGGAGGACUUGAAACUGGCGAAGUGGUUUUGUCUGGAAGUGGGACCGGAACAGUUGCCAAUGUUGUUCAAGGAAGAUGGCUCUUCGCAAUGGUGCUCCACGGCGGCUGAACUUUUGGCUUCUUACGUGGCGGCGCUAGCCUUUGGGCACCUUGGGCAGAAAGGGAAGGCCACGAAUUUGAGGAUGGCCAUAACUGGUGGUACAGACAACAAGGCAAAUCAAGGCUUGCAGGAUAAGAACAUGUCGACGAAGUGGCCUCUCCUUGCAGUUCACAUGCAGGUCUCUUCGGAAUUGCUUGCGGGGGGCACACGAAUGAAACUGCGUUGGCGCCCCCGGGAGCAGAACGUCCCGGCAGAUGCAAUUACCAAUGGAGACUUCAGCCUUUUCGAUUUGAACAAAAGGGUUACCAUUUCACUUGCGGAUGUUCCGUUGGAUUUCUUCAGAACCUUGUGCAAAGCGAGAGAUGAGUUUGUUGAGCUGCGUGAAAGCCAGGUGGAUCUGAAGUUAACGGAAGGCAAGCAGACAAAGCGUCAAAGGCUCAAAACUCAGUCUGAAAUUUGGUACCCUCCCACCCUCACCUGGGAGAUGGACAGAUUACGUCAAUGCCGUAUUGACGUUUACUCUGAAAAUCAGUUGAACCGCUACGAACAGCUCUUUGAACUACGACUCACAAGUGUCGUCCUUGGUUUGGGUGUACGGCAGAGCAUACAAUUCGUCACUUACUUCACUGUUCAGGACCUUUGCAUCUUCCGAUGCACCUGUUUUGCUAUUGCAGUGGAUCUGCACGACACCCUGGAAGACUUGACGGAAGCUCCCUACAACAAUCUGGCGAUCUCUGGACAGAUGCAGUGCGAUGUGAACAGUUUUACAAUGCAAUGA